UACACGGAUUCAGUACUUGUGCAGGAAAAGCUUUGCUUCCUGAAAUUCUGUUCUCUCUUAAUUCCCACUCAACUGUCUCUGCUGCCUGGCAGAAAGGAGUAAUACUAGGAUGGAGUACAGCGGGCGUAGGAUUCUGGGAAUGCACAUAAACACGCUAUUUCUGCUCAGCUGGGCAUGUUUUCCACCAACAGACCAGCAGAACACCACAGACUCUAGCAACUUCUACAUAUCCAACCAUGUCAAUAACAGUCAUGAAAUAGGGCAAAAUAACACAGGAAACACAACAAUUAUCUACACCUACACUGAAUUGUAUUAUGUGUUGUCUGGUUCUUGCUUGAUGAAUUACACAUACUUGAUGUCUAGGAUAAACAAUGAGCAUUUCUGUGAUCUCGAACAAGUUUUAAGGCCUUACAGCAUCUUACAGAAAUGCCUUGAAGAUUUGUCAGACAAAUUUAAGUUGCAUUUUCCCAACGAAAUAGCAGACAACAUCAUCUUGGAUGUGCACAGAUACUUUUUUUUAAACUGCACACUUCUGUCUGAAGAACUUAUGGACCCUCCAGAGCAUGUGCUAUUGGCUUUAAUUAUCAGUCCCAUCUGCCUUAUACCAUUCUUGGUCACUCUUGUCGUUUGCAAGAGCAAAACUAGCAAAUCACAAACUUAAUGCCUGGCUACUAAAAUACUUAAGCACUAUUCAUUGUUUCUACAACUGCCUGUGAAUGUAUUAGCAGAUGGGCUAGACAGUUCCUGGUUUAAAAGGUGGGCCCUGCUUACUCUGGAUUCAUGUCCAUCUGUGCUACGCCUUGAAGAAAUUCAAUUGCAACAUAAUAUUCAAGAUCUUUCUUGUCACCAGCCUCAUCUGUGAUGUUUAAUUUACCUCAGGGUCUUACUGGAUUUGCCUUGGAUAAAAUGAUUUGAUACAUCAAGAUUUCCAUUGGUUAACUCUUUCAGGAUCUAUCGGUAAUCCCCUGGGGUCCUCGGCUACAUAAAAUAUAAAUUUCAUGCAAUAUAAUCAUUAAAUGUUUUUCAUAAAAACUGUUAAUUUUUUUUUUACCUAGACCUAGCUACAAAGCUACAAUAUUUAUUUUCAGAUUAUAUCAGACCUCCCCACCACCAUCAGACAUUGAUUUGUCAUCAGAAAACACAAAGGAUCUGCAUCUUCAUGAAGUUAAGCAAAUUUCAGCUUCAUUUUUAUCUGUUUCCACAUGGAAAUAUAUUUACUUUAAAUUCUGUGAAGCUUCCUUCUACAUAUAAUGUUAUCCCUUGUCAGAUAUCUGUAUUAAAUUAUUUUACAUAAGAUAAUUAAAUUUGAUCAAGGUAUGUAAGAUGAAAAUGAACAUAUUCCCCUCUAAAGAUACAUCUCCAAAAAAAACUUUUACUUGUACCUAUUUUUCACAUUGUGAAUAAAUCUAGUUGGAGAAAGACAUUUACCCACUGGAGAUGACAGAAAAAACAGCUCCGUGAAACAACUAUGAUUUUAAUAAGUAUUGUGGCAUUUUUGCAAUUUCUAAUUAAUGUAACGACUCGACUGUCUAUACAAAGACAGCUACAUAAUAUAAAAAGACAGAAUGUUUCCCAAAAUGGAUCAACGAUUACUGUGGCAUACUGGAUUAUUUUAUUAGUGUAUCAUCUCUUUAUAUUUAAAUUUUUAUAGUUGAAUAAAUUAUGAAUGAAAGAAGUUAUGUCAGUUUGCGGGAAUAAUUGAAUUUGUUUUUCACGUCUUUACCACGAUAACCUCUGUAUUUAUGUAUGCAUACGUAUGUAUAUGUAUUCUUAGGAUAUUUGUAAAAACUAAAUUUGACCUGUUUUGGGCAAUAGCUGAGUUUUCAACCAUUUAAUUCUGUAUGUGUUGAUUAGAUGGAGUAUUCAACAUUGUAAUUCUUAAAUCUAUAGCCAAGAUAUGUAUUUGGAAACACGAUUUCAUGUUUGUUGCUAAACAAACUAAUAUAUGUACAAUGGAUGUAUUAUAUUUUCCUGUCUAUCCAAGUUUGUUUUUGGUGAGGGCUAUAGAUUGUGUAACCAUUAUGUAUUUUUUUUUUUUUUAAUAAAUACAUAAAAAUGUGUGUUGGAGUGCUUGCUAUAAGUGCUUGUAAAAAUGUGCAUAUGAAAAUGAAAAGAAAAUAAUUGUAAAAAAGUAUUAAUUCAUGUUAUUAUUUAUGUUGGUGUUGAUGUAUUAGACAACAAUCUUUGCAUAACUCAAUAAAGCUUACAUUUGUUAUUUA